UCGAUUAGCGACCCUGUGCGUCACUUGCAGAAGCUCUAAAAUCUUUUAUAAGUUUUUACGAAAUAUGGACUUCAAUCACAACGUUGAUGGGGAUCUCACCUCGCAUUUGGACACCACAAAGUUGCUUAAGGAAAUGAGCGAUGACGACGACGUAGUCUCGAUGGAGCUGCCUGGGGUCAAUAUCUUCUCACCAUACGAUCCCUGGACCAAAGCCCUCCUAAGGAACCCCGUUCGCAACACAGUGUGUGGCCACAUUUACGACCGCGACGUUGUGCACGGCCUCAUCAAGAACAACCCCGGCAUUCGCUGCCCAGUUGCCGGCUGUGCCAAUCGUACUUACAUCCACCCAGCCCACCUGAUCGAGGGUGCGGAAAUCAAGCAGCAAAUGCUCCAGCUUAUUAUCCAGGAUGCUCUGACGGAUUCACAAGAGUUGUCUUCCGACGAUGAGGACACCAAUCGGGAGGACAACACAGACGAAGUUAAGAAGGACGCCGACGACGACUAAGCAAAAGCAUCAGGUAUAAUAAUAAGGCCUCUUUAACCUGGCCUUAAACCCAAAUGGUAUUUUGGAAUAUCGUAAAGGCACCGCUGAUAGAUGUUUUGUUGAUAUUGGAUAGAACUAACUCUUUGUUAACAUAUAAUUUAAAUAUUU